AUGUCUUGCCGAUCAUCUGCUAGCUUCUGGAAAUCUCAUGUCUUGGUUGCCGUCACUCUCUACCUAGCGAUUGUUGACGCGACUGCAACUUGCACUGUAGAUACCCCCGACAGUAUUCCACCUGGCUACACUUCCUACUUGCAGAAGGAUGCUUCUGUGAAUCUCUACUAUGUUCGUCGCGACAACGCUACUGGUCCCACAGUUGUUCUGCUUCAUGGAUGGCCUCAGAACUGGGCCUCGUGGUACCGUGUCAUGCGGCUUUUCCCCUCAUCAUAUGAUGUGAUUGCCGUCAAUUUGCGCGGUGUGUCGCCUUCCAAUGCUCCAUCGACGGGGUAUACCAAGGCAAUCAUGGCUCGAGACAUUCGGGCACUUCUAAAUUCCUUGAAUCUACGAAAAGUCCAUCUUGUGGGUCAUGACAUCGGUGGGAUGGUGUCCUACGCCUUUGCGGUGCAGUAUCCGAAAAGAGCUCUCAGCCUCACAAUAAUUGAUGUUCCAUUGCCUGGAACUCCCGCCUUUGAUCAAGUAAACGUGGAUCCUCGGGCAUGGCACUUUGGCUUCAACGCUGCGAAAGAAUUUCCGGAAGCACUUACAACCGGACGUGAAAGUUUCUUCUACUCGAAAUUCAUGCGGGAGUUGUCUGGCGGACCUGAUGCUCUCACGCCACAAGAAAUUCGAGUUUCGGUCAAUGCAUACAGCGUGCCAUCGACGGCCCACGCUGGUUUCGAGUGGUAUCGCGCGUUCGCCCAAGAUGCAGAGGACAACAAAGAAUUCGCCGAGCGGGAGAAACUCACCCUUCCAGUUCUAGCAUUGACUGGAAGCAUUCUGUCGCCAGAGCCUUACGUUUUUUUUAUGAUGCAAGAUCUGGCAAAGAAUGUUUCCGGGCAUUCUAUAGAUUCAGGGCACUUUAUCCCUGAAGAGGCACCCGAGCAGCUGGUAAAGCUUGUGACAGCCUUCCUACCAAAGUAA